GACAGACAGCUUCGUGGCGAGUUUGUUUUUCGCGAAGCUGAGAAAGAGAGAGAGUGGCAAAAGAAAAGGGACUGGAAAAAUGCUGGAAAAGCCCACGGGAGUGUGAUGAGUGACUGUGCUGAGCAAGAGUGAGAGACAAUGCGUGGAUUGUGGAGGACGGUGUUGGGACUGUGCGCCCUGCUGCCGCUCAUCCUCCUGACCAAUGCCACCCACUUGACGGGGAGUUUCGAGCCGUCGCGGGAUUUCUUCAAGUUCCUCAUCAAAUUCGGCUUCCAGAAGACAGAGCGCCACUCGCAGAGGGACUCAUAUGGGUACAUAUAUGGCAACAUCACCGCCAGAACGGCGUAUCCAGUCAACGUGACACUGGCCGUCCUGGACAAGUUCUCCUUCCUGGACAGCUUCUACGGCAAUCGGACGCUGCUGGAUCGCGAGGCAGCGUGCCAACGGAUGUUCGCCAGCCUGGACAAGAUCGCCUACAAUGCCGAGUGCAACUCCAGGGCGAAGGUGGACUAUUUGCGCCAGGUGCCCUGCCCGCGCGGGCGCCUCUGCUGGGACGAGGACUCGCCAGGGAAUGUGGUGUCCGGAAGCCAGUUCACCUACGUCAUCAGUGACCUCAUCCAACCGAGAUUCUGGUACGUUUCUCUGGUGGCGUGCUACAGAAAUGUGACCACUUGUCGGUGGCACCACUUCGAUCCCAGCAAGUUCGGCCUCAGCCGCGCACCGGAGAUCAGCUACGACAUCCGCCUGGUGAAUGGGAAUCCCAACCAGUCGGCCUACAUUCCGCUUACGCUGCACUUCUCCUUCGACCGGCAGAACACGCUGGAGAUGUACCUGAUCUUCUUCGUGGUGUACCUCGUGCUCGUGCCGAUGCAAGUGCACGCGAUGCGGCGUCAGAGCCAUCCCGUGACGCGUCUCUUCACCGCCAGUCUGCUGUUGGAGUUCGCCAGUCUCUGCCUCAUCCUCGUGCACAUGGUGAGGUUCGCAAUGAAUGGCGUGGGCAAUGAGACCUUCGCCACGGCCGGAGAGAUCUUCGACAUCUUCAGUCGGACUCUAUUCAUGCUGAUCCUGCUCCUCCUUGCCAAGGGAUGGGCGGUGACUCGCCAGCAGAUCAGCCGCACGGGCUGGAUUAUCCUCAUGACCAUCUGGAUUCCAUACUGCGCCCUAAAUGUCAUGCUGUACGUGUGGAAUCGCACGGAGGUGGACAUCAUUUCGGACAUUGACGAGUAUCAGACGUGGCCGGGCUGGAUUGUGCUUGUGUGCCGCUCGUGCAUGAUGCUGUGGUUCCUCUGGGAGCUGCGGAGCACCAUGCGCUAUGAGCACUCCACGAAGAAGCUCGACUUUCUGCUGCACUUCGGCGCAUCGAGUCUCGUGUGGUUCAUCUACCUGCCCGUUGUGGCGCUCGUGGCGCUCCAGGUGAGCCCCCUGUGGCGCUACAAGCUACUGCUGGGCAUCACCAACUCGGCCGACUGCCUCGCCUUCUGUGUGAUGACGGGACUGCUGUGGCCAAACCGAGCGGGACAGUAUUUGCUGCUGGCAGGCAACUUUUCCGGAAUGGAUGAGCUGGAUGAGUUCAACGAGGCGCCCCAUAUUGUCCACGGGGAGACUUUCCUGCCGCCCAAUCCCGCCGAAAGUAUUCAGGGCGAGAGCGUGAGCGACAGCGGCGUCGAUACUCACCUCACGGCGGACCUGGAGAAUAGCGGAGCGCCUAUUGACGGUUAUGAGCGUGUAGCGCUAGCAAAUGGAGACGUGAGCACGGAUCUCCUGAGCGGCGACGACAUUCUGCGGCCGCCAGAGAGUCGCGUACUACGCCUCAACGGCGAUGCCAUUCGGCUGCAUCGCAAUGGCGCCCGAAUGGCAUGAAGAGAUUCGCUGAGAUUAACAAAUCUUUAGUUGAUUUUGUUCAUAUAACUCGAUAAGAGAGCCUAGGAUUAGAGAGAGAGAGAGAGAAAGUUUAGUUGUGUAAGGAUAAAUUAACUGAAAAGUAUUUCCAUUGGCCAAAAUCUCCGUCGCGCGCGGAGAGUGUGUUGAGAAACAAGGCAGAUCGCGUGUGAUUUUCGCAUGUUCCCCAAGAGAAAGAGAGAGAGAGAGAGAGAAUAUCUAAGAGGUUUAUCUUAAAACAUUAACAGUUGAUGAAAAACACAGAUGAAAGUAUAAUUACCACAUAAUAGAUAGUUAAACGCGCGCACACAAACACACACACAGACACACUAUCAAAAGGAGCAAAAUAUACAAUGAUUGGGAGGCUGGCUGAGGCUUGAGCUGAGCAAACUGUGCCAUAAAAUGUAGUGAGACAAUUUUUCAGAAGGUUUUUUCAUAAAGGAUCAAGCAAACUAUUAACGAAGUGUAGAGAAAAUUCAUGUCAAAAUUAACUACAUAAUGAAAUUUAACGUCAAUUCGUAACAUAAGAAGACGGGUGAGUAACAUUUUUUAGGCGUAGAGUGAAUGUAUUGAUCUUUUCCUUUGCUUAAUGCUACAGAUAAACUGAGUAUAAAAUCACGACAAUCAGCGCACCUUUAGUCACACUUUCACCUCAUUGAGAAAUCCUUGGUUGCCUCUAAAUCGUAAUCCUAUGUGUGCAGAGUAGUUGACAAAUUUACUACAAAAUGAUAUAAUGCUAGAGAUAUUUAUUUUUUGCUAUAAAGAGAAAAUAAAUCGCAGUGAAAAUAGCCUCUAAUGUACAUAAUAGAACAAAAAAUGGAUGACAAUUGCUAAUUAGCAUGAAAUUCCUUUAUCAAUUUUGUCAUAAAAUUCACAAGAAAGGGAGGGAAGGAGAAAAGAAGGAAAGAGCAAUAGGGAAAGGAAUAAAUAGGAAAGGAUCUUGGUUAACAUUUGAUGCAAUUUUCUAGUGGAAUUUAUGUUUUUACAAUGAUUGUGAUUUUCAAUAAAUUAAGCUCAUUGGUUUGAUAUUAA